CUCCGCGCGCAGUGCCGGGCUGGGGCGAUGGACGCCCCCGCGGCCCCGACCCCCGGCGCCCCCAGGCCCGGCCCGGCCCGCAAGGAGCUCAAGAUCGUGGUCGUGGGCGACGGCGGCUGCGGCAAGACGUCCCUGCUCAUGGUGCACUGCCGGGGCGCCUUCCCCGAGCGCUACGCCCCCACCGUGUUCGAGAAGUACUCGGCCACCGUGACCGUGGGCAGCAAGGAGGUGACCCUCAACCUGUACGACACGGCGGGCCAGGAGGACUACGACCGCCUGCGCCCCCUCUCCUACCACAACGCGCAGCUGGUGCUCAUCUGCUAUGACGUCAUGAACCCCACCAGCUACGACAACGUCCUCAUCAAGUGGUACCCCGAGGUCACGCACUUCUGCCGGGGGACCCCCACUGUGCUCAUUGGCUGCAAGACUGACCUGAGGAAGGACAAGGAGAUACUGCGGCGACUGCGGGCUGCUCAGCUGGAACCCAUCACCUAUGCGCAGGGCGUGAGUGCCAGCGAGCAUAUCCGAGCCGCCUGCUACCUGGAAUGUUCGGCCAAGCUCCGGGAGAACAUUGACUGGAUCUUCCGGGAGGCGGCCCGGGUGGGCCUGCGGUCUCUCAAGAAGACGCAGAGAAAGCAGCAGCGACUGUGCCUCCUGCUCUGAGGGACCCCCGAGAACUUCCCCAGGCCGUAUCUGAGGCCGUUUCGACCCUUGGAACAUUCUGGAAAUGUCUCUCUCCCAAGCCAGGGCGGGUGUGGGGAGGAAUUGAGGCCAUGGACUGGCCAGGUGGGGGUUGGUACUGGGCCCUGGUGGCCUGAGCCACACCUACCGUCCCCAGGGGGCCCCCUCAAGUCCACUGUCAGAGCAGCAGCUGAAGGCCGCAUCGGUCACGGUCACUGUGGGCUGGCCAAGUGCCACCCGGCUCCCUGGGCUGCUGAGAUACCGCCCAAGCCCCCCACUUCUGGCUUCCUGCCCCCGGGAACCCGGGUCCACCAUGGGCUGGGCCUAUCAGGAGGACACAGGCCCCUGGCUAGCCCGGAUGUGGGGGCCUCUUUGGCUACUUGCCCAGAGCUGGGCACAUCCCAGGAGAUGUCUCCCCAGAAAUAUGCCUGGGUCAUCUGCCUGGUUCUGCUCCCAAGUGGCAGCCCCUCUGAAAGGACAGAGUGAUAGAGCCAGGACCCCCCAAGAAAGGCCACACUUGGCCAGCUGCAGGCUCACAUGCUGGACUGUGGGGCACCCCGGAAGUUAGCUGCCUCUGAGGCAGCUAGCUCUGCUGGGUGCCCCCUUGAGCCUCUCAAAAGAUUCUAGGGGAGGAGGUGGGAGGGUUCCCCGGCCCUAGCCUGCAGGGCCCAGCGACUUGGGGCAGUUACUAUGAAUAAAGGUCCAAGCCCCGCUU